AUGGAACAAUCUCAGGAAGAGCCCCAAAACAACGAGCGGCCAGGCACCCCGCCACGCCCGCCGUACUCCCCGGUGACGCCAGUGUUUGCCCAUCUGGCGACGGUGCCCGGUGAAGCAUCGAUUGUCCCUCCGGGCCCUGAAAUCUCUCCGACAACAGUCCACACGACCCAAGGCGGCAUGUCCGGCUCUUUUCCUGGGAGCGCUCCCCAGCAGCAGCCUGUUACUUUCGCGCCGGAGCCCGCUCCGGUCCCGAUAUCAGAGAGUGAGAAUCCGGACGUGAUUGCCCUGCGCUCUGCCAUAUCUAUUCUCCAGCUUCAGAAACAGAAGAGCCUUCAGGAUAUCAGGACGCUGGACAGGCUGAAGAAAGCCGCGGCCGCAGAUCCAGAGAAGUUCGCACAGGAGCUGGUCGCAGGCCGUCUCACCUCGGACGAGCCAAGCGAUCUGGUAGAUCUUCUUCCUCCGGGCCAAGAUAACGAUGGCGAUGACGCGUCUUCGAAUAAUGUGCGCUCUCAGAGGGCGGAGGGGGCCCCAGCUUUCGACAAAAUCCCCAAGCCUCAGAAUAUCGUGCGCAUGCCCCCGAUCAACUGGGCCAAGUACCAGAUUGUAGGAGAGCCGCUGGACAAGAUGCACGAGGAGCAGCUGCGACGGCCGUCUCCUGGAGAACCGCGACGGGAUGAUACGGCUCAGAGAGCACCAGAGCAUGUGCUGGCGGCGCCUUACAGACCGCUAACAGACAAACUGGACAGCUCUGCCAAAGGACGAGGAACGAAAAAGGACAAGAAGACAUAA